CUUCCUCCCCCACUCAGUCUUCGGUCUCCUCUCCCCUCUCCCGUCCGCUCUUCAAGCUUCCGCCAAACUCUCACUCACUGCACAGAGUCAAAGAUCCGGCCUAAACCCUAAUCCUCCGGCAAUGGCCAGAUCGCCACUGAUCCUCGUGGCCCUGAUCUCUCUCAUUCCGCUCCUUUGCCACUCCUUCUCCCCCGAGACCCCCACCGGUCGCCGGAUCCUCGUCCUAGUGGACGACUUGGCGGUCAAGUCGUCGCAGUCCCUCUACUUCAAGUCCCUCUCCUCCCGAGGAUACGAGCUCGAUUUCAAGCUCGCUGAUGACCCUAAGAUCGCCCUCCAGAGAUAUGGACAGUACCUGUACGAUGGGCUUGUCCUGUUUUGUCCGACAGUUGAGCGUUUUGGAGGAUCGAUUGACCAAGCCGCCAUCCUCGAUUUUGUUGAUUCGGGGCACGAUUUGAUCAUUGCUGCUGAUGUGCAGUCAUCUGAUUUGAUUCGGGAAAUCGCUACUGAGUGCGGAGCUGAUUUUGAUGAGGAUCCUGCUGCUAUGGUAAUUGAUCACAUUAAUUAUGCAGUUUCGGAAAAUGAAGGAGAUCACACAGUGAUUGCCAGUGACAAUCUUAUCAAGUCCGAUGUGAUUUUGGGAAGCUCUAAAAUUGAGGCUCCAGUACUUUUUCAGGGGAUUGGACAUUCGUUGAAUCCUGCUAAUAGUUUGGUGUUCAAGGUUCUUUCGGCCUCUCCUGCUACCUACUCUGCGAAUCCCAAGUCCAAGUUGUCGAGUCCUCCGGCACUGACUGGAUCAGCUAUAUCUUUAGUUUCAGUUAUGCAGGCAAGAAACAACGCUCGCAUAUUGAUCUCGGGCUCACUGAGUAUGUUCAGUAACAGAUUCUUCAGGUCAGGAGUGCAAAAGGCACAGAGCUCCACAAAGCAUGAAAAAUCAGGGAACGAGCAGUUCCUGACUGAAAUUAGCAAGUGGGUAUUCCAUGAGAGGGGUCAUCUCAAGGCUGUGAAUGUGAAGCAUCACAAAGUUGGUGAAGAAGAUGAACCGGCAGUUUACAGGAUCAAGGAUGACUUGGAGUACUCCGUUGAGAUAUAUGAGUGGUCUGGGUCAAGCUGGGAACCUUAUGUCGCAGAUGAUGUCCAAGUGCAGUUCUACAUGAUGAGCCCUUAUGUGUUGAAGACCUUAACUUCUGACAAGAAGGGCGUUUAUUCUACUUCCUUUAAGGUUCCAGAUGUGUAUGGCGUGUUCCAGUUCAAGGUUGAAUAUGAAAAGCUUGGAUACACCACUCUAUCCCUGUCAAAGCAGAUUCCAGUCCGGCCUUUCAAACACAAUGAGUAUGAAAGAUUUAUUCCUGCAGCCUAUCCGUACUAUGGUGCAGCAUUCUCCAUGAUGGUGGGAUUCUUCCUCUUCUCCUUCGUCCAUUUAUACAGCAAGUAGAUGCCAGUCUUCCUUAGGAGAGACGGAACAAUUUGAUUUUGGGAAUGACAAUUUUGUAGCGCUUGUUUGUUACUAAAUUAUCAUGCCAUAAGGAUACAAUGGUUAAAUAGGAAAACAUUUUCGGGAAUUCCUUCAGAUCUUUCUUUCUUUGCAUGCAUUGUCCAUGUGGAUGAAGAACUUCUUACAUUUAGAUCCUCCGUUCAAGGUUUGAGAUCAUAAUCAGUACUCAGCAGCUAAGGCACAAGCUGUGAACUGCAUUUUCGUGACACUCUCGUAAAGUGUAUAAGCUUGUAGUUUCUCGUCUGCAA